ACCAGAGCAGCCGCCGCCGCCGCCGCGUCCUCCCCGCCGAGCCUCCUCCGCCGCCCCCCGCUGCCGGUGCUCCGUGCUGCUGACUGCCCCUGUGGCCGCCGGUGCCCGGGCUCCUGUGCGUGUCUCCCGCAGCCGUCCCCGGCAUCAGCCCCCCCGGACUCUGCAGCAGUGAGGGGGGAGUAGUCACCAGGAGGAGGGAGGACUCGUCACCAUCGUCAGUCCCCGCAGGAAGGAACAAGCAUGAAGGACCGGACCCAGGAGCUGAGGAGUGCUAAAGACAGCGAUGACGAUGAGGAGAUCGUACACGUGGACCGGGACCACUUCAUGGAUGAAUUCUUCGAGCAGGUGGAGGAGAUCCGAGGAUGCAUCGAGAAGCUCUCAGAGGAUGUGGAACAAGUCAAGAAACAGCAUAGCGCCAUCUUGGCGGCACCCAACCCUGACGAGAAAACCAAGCAAGAACUGGAGGAUCUGACGGCCGACAUCAAGAAAACGGCCAACAAAGUGCGCUCCAAGUUGAAAGCCAUUGAGCAGAGCAUCGAGCAGGAAGAAGGACUGAACCGCUCCUCAGCCGACCUGCGAAUCCGGAAAACACAGCAUUCCACUCUGUCCCGUAAAUUUGUGGAGGUGAUGACAGAAUACAAUGCAACGCAAUCUAAGUACAGAGACCGCUGCAAGGACCGUAUCCAGAGACAGCUGGAGAUCACCGGCAGAACCACAACCAACGAGGAGCUGGAAGACAUGUUGGAGAGCGGGAAGCUGGCCAUAUUCACAGAUGACAUCAAGAUGGACUCUCAGAUGACCAAACAAGCCCUGAACGAGAUUGAGACGCGACACAAUGAGAUCAUCAAGUUGGAGACCAGCAUCCGGGAGCUCCACGACAUGUUUGUAGACAUGGCUAUGCUGGUGGAGAGUCAGGGGGAGAUGAUAGAUCGCAUCGAGUAUAAUGUGGAGCACUCGGUGGACUAUGUGGAGCGGGCAGUGUCUGAUACCAAGAAAGCUGUGAAAUAUCAGAGCAAAGCACGAAGGGUGAGUACCAACCGGACCCGUAGGGAGGGCACUGGACGGACUGGUAGAAGAGCGAGGACCACAGCAGGACGUAAUAUACUGUAUAACAUACAGAGUGGACUGCAGCGCAGGGCGGACUGAUGGCAUGUGUGUGUGACCAGUCUGCAUUGUCUCUGUCCUUGUAACACGGCUGACAAUUUCUUCUCUCUCUUCUCUCCCUCCAUCAUCCCUGCUGUCUCAUAUCUCUCCUCACUGUCUCACCUCUCUCCUCGCUGUCUCACCUCUCUCCUCGCUGUCUC